AUCUUAUAGCAUCACAAGCACCUAGCAGUCUACAGCUCCAGAGCUAAUCGAUCAUUUUGCUCUGAGCUUCUGCGUGGUGUAGUGAUCACUCGCAGCAAUGGCAGGCAAGGCAUCGAUCGCGCUGUUCCUCGCUGUGAACCUGGUCGUGUUCUCCAUGGCCAGCGCGUGCGGGGGGAACUGCCCGACGCCUGCUACACCAACACCGUCGACGCCUUCGACUCCCACCCCAACCCCAGCAUCGUUCGGCAGGUGCCCGCGCGACGCGCUGAAGCUUGGCGUGUGCGCCAAUGUGCUGGGACUGAUCAAGGCCAAGCUGGGCGUGCCCCCCACGUUGCCGUGCUGCCCGCUGCUGGAAGGGCUCGUCGACCUCGAGGCCGCCGUGUGCCUUUGCACGGUACUCAAGGCCAACAUCCUCGGCAUCAAACUUAACCUCCCUAUCGAUCUCAGCCUCGUCCUCAACCACUGCGGCAGGAGUGUGCCCACCGGAUUCAAGUGCUAAGCGAUCAGUACUCUCGGUCCAUCGACCCAGGUGCUGCCGAGCAAGAUAUGCAUGACUUACCACGUUGCUUCUCCGAGAGGAAAUUAUUCUACACUCGCUCAAUUGUUUGAAGGCACAUUUGCUUGUUUGCUUGUUUGUUUGCUACUUGACGUGGUCUCUACAUGUGAUCUGCAUAUGCAGGCAUACGGCCGGUCCGUUCCAUCCUCUUUCUUAAUUCUUAAUUUUUGAUGAUGUAUUGUGUUUAUUUGUACGUACAAUGAUCUGCAUGCUCGAUGAAAAAGUUUGUUCUUACUA